UGGAAGAGUUUCUAGUCCUCUGUAUGAGAGCUAUUUUGUUUCACACCUCUCCAUCUCGGAUUCUGUUCUGUAUGAAUUUCGCGUUGUACUCUUAAACUCUUUAAUGAGCACAUGGUCUCGCUGUCACCAUGACUGUUCUUAUUUUGCUGUUGUGUUUAAAUCCUUUAGUCUUGGGUCAAUAUGACGAUCCCGAGUCUUCUGAGGAUGACAUCUUCACGGAGGUUGAGCCAGAUAGUGGUUUUCAAAGAGUGCCAAGACAGGCAAACAGCAAACACCAAAAAAAGGAGAGUAAGCCCCAUAUUCAGGAUUUCACUGUGAAAACCACCAUCAUCUCUCGAUAUGCUUUCACUGCUGUGUCCUGCACCAUGUUCAACAGAUUAUCGGCUGCAAAGGAAGGUCUUUUCCAGAUACAAAUCCCUGCUGCAGCCUACGUUUCGAACUUUACUAUGAUAAUUGGUGGAAGAGUUUACCCAAGUGAAAUGAGAGCAAAAGAGAAAAAAUCUAAGGGGAUCAGGAAGAAAGGAUUGCCUAAUCCUGGGAAAGAUGGCAAAGUGGGAAAAAGUGAAAGCGAGGUAGAGACCUUUCGAAUUACUGCCAGCAUACCUGGAAAAAAUAAGGCCAUUUUCCUUCUGACCUACGAGGAGUUACUGGAAAGACGUCUGGGAAAAUAUGAACAUGUGACCAGUGUGCGGCCUCUGCAACUGGUGAGCAGGCUGGCAGUCGACGUGACGAUCCUGGAGCGCUCCGCCAUAACGCACCUUGAAGUGCUGCCGCUCAGGAACGCCAACGGGAAAGCUUCUGUAUCCAUCAGUAAUCCCUCUCCUCCUAUCUCAACUGUUAUCAAACAGAAUAAAACCUCCUGCAAAAUUACCUUCAGCCCAAACAUCGCACAGCAAGCCAGAAUAGCAACGAACGGAAUUCUGGGUGAUUUCAUUGUCCGAUAUGAUGUGGAGAGAGAGUUGGGAAUUGGGGAUAUCCAGGUCUUAAAUGGAUAUUUCGUGCACUACUUUGCGCCAAAAGAUCUACCAGUUGUUCCUAAGAAUAUUGUUUUUGUGAUUGAUACCAGCGCUUCCAUGGUAGGAACUAAAAUCAGACAGACAAAAGAAGCUCUCCUCACCAUCCUUAAAGACCUCCGGCCUCAGGAUCACUUUAAUUUUGUGGGGUUUUCCAACCGCAUUAAAGUCUGGAAGCCAGGAAAACUAGUACCUGUUACACCAGACAAUAUCCGUGAUGCCAAGAAAUUCAUCUACCUUCUGACCCCCACUGGAGGCACUGACAUAAACGGAGCCAUCCAAACAGGAUCUUCACUACUGAGUAGUUAUUUGGCCAGUGACAACAGUGUUCAGAGCAGGGUGUCCCUCACUGUCUUCUUAACCGAUGGGCGGCCCACAGUAGGGGAGAUCGAGUCUCCCAGCAUUCUGACCAACACAAAGGAGGCAGUGCAGGAGAAGUUCUGCAUCUUCACCAUAGGCAUUGGCAAUGACGUAGACUAUAGGCUUCUGGAGCGCAUGGCCCUGGAAAACUGCGGCAUGAUGCGCCGCAUUCACGAAGAGUCAGAUGCUAGCACAAUGCUGAAAGGAUUUUACGAUGAAAUCGGCACCCCUCUCCUGUCCAGCAUCAAAGUUGGCUACACUGAGGACACCGUGCAGUAUGUAACGCAGAACCUCUUCACAAAUUACUUCAAUGGGUCGGAACUUGUGAUAGCAGGCAAGCUUGCUGACCAGAAUGCAGACGUAUUGCACGUUCAGGUCACUGCCAGCAGCAGUGACAAGAGCAUCAUGCUAGAGACUGAUGUGCCACUGAAAGAUAAAGCACAAGAAACUGAAAAAACAAUGAAGGAGUUCUUGGAGAGAGUGUCUAUGGAGAACGAUUACACUGAGAGACUGUGGGGGUACCUGAGUGUGAAGGAUUUGCUGAGGUCCCGCAUACAAAGCACCAACAGCAAAGAGAAGGAGAAUCUUUCACAGAAGGCCACAAACCUGUCCUUAACCUACAACUUCCUCACACCUCUGACCUCACUGGUGAUUGAGAAGCCAGAUGUUCAAAUGGAUGGAGUUCCAGAAAGUGCUACAGAGCCAUCAGAUGCGACAUACAGUGAGAAACCACAGAGUCUUAUCCGGAACAUUGAGCAACCAGCUACAAACUCUAGGAAGAAAACAAUAACCAUUUCCAAAACUUCAGCUGAUGGAGAUCCACAUUUUGUCAUUGAUUUUCCUCUGAGCAAGAUAGCAGUUUGUUUUAACAUCAAUGGAGAACCAGGAGAUGUUCUGAGAUUGGUAUCCGACCAUAGCAAAUCUGGUGUUACUGUGAAUGGAAAGUUAAUUGGUGCUCCAGCACCACUUAAUAGCCACAAGAAACAGCGGACCUAUUUCAGCACAAUUACCAUCAUGGUUGACAAGCCCAGGCGCUCAUACAUUGAGAUUACUCCACGGAAAGUCAUACUGGACAGCAAGGACAGGAUGAUCUUGCCCUGCGAUAAAACCAUAAUGGUGGACAGUGAUGGGCUGGCUGUAUCCAUAGUGGAAAAGUCCAACAUUACUGUGACAAUACAGGACCAAAUCAGCUUUGUCAUCUUGGUCCAUCAGUACAAGAAUCCAGCUCCAUACCAAAAAGACCACCUGGGCUUCUACAUCUCAAACAGCAAAGGAUUGUCCAGUGACUCGCAUGGCUUGUUAGGCCAGUUUCUCUAUCAGGAUGUGAGACUAACCGAAAUGCCAUUGAAUGGCACAGCAUUUAAAAGUCUGCAGAAUGAGACCCAGGCAGAGAGUGAGCCACUGGCUUCAAGCACUGCUUUGAAGAUAAAAGGCAGGCUGAUACCAGCAGUGAAGAAGCAGCGGAAGAUCUACAGUGGAAAACAUAAGGUGGACUGCUGGUUUGUCAAGAACAACGCAGCUAAACUGAUUGAUGGGGUGUAUGAGGAUUACCUUGUAUCUCAUCUCUUUGACACAGGGCUAGGACACGAUUUGUCAAAUGGACUGUGAUUACUUGCCAUGUGGCAGCAUCAGAUAACUACAAAGCUUGCUCUUGGUCUCAGGAACUCCUAUGACCUUCUGCAGGUAAAUUCAAUUUGCAUUGUCCUGAUGAAUGCAGUAUUUAAGCCACUGGUGACAAUCAAGAAACUCAUUGGGCACCUUUGGGAAAGUUUUAUUUUAACAUAAAGGUAUAAAAGAUAUAAAAAGCUAAGCUUUAAUAGAAGCAAACAAACCACAUUACACAUCACUUCACAUCAUGUUAAAAUAUUCUCCUUAGGUGUAAAAAGGAUCAUAUGCAUAGAUAUGUUUCCCUUUGAGACUCAAGAUUUAAGAAGAGUCUUAUUUCCAUCUAUCAACAUUUGUAAUCUUUCUUGAAUACACUGGUGAUCUGAACUGAACUACAAAACUUUGGAUCACUAGCUCAAGCUCAUUUAUAAAUGCCUUUUCCCUGCAGCAUCUGUGCAAAAGAUAAGCUUGUCCACUCACCUGAAAUUAAUCAUACUGUGUGUGUGAACAAACAUUCUGUCCAAGUAAUUCACCAUUAUAAUACACCAUUAUGAUAGGUCUGUGAGUGAGUAUACAGUAUUCUUGACAAGACACAAGCGAAGCUUCUUAUGAAAUUCCAGGUAAAUAUAUGAAUCUAUGUUUCUAAUGUCUACACAAGACUUGUUUUAAAUUUGUGGAGGAGACAUACAGCUUGGACAAAGAUCCUUUCACACUGCACCUAGUCAUUCACAUCUUGACACAUACUGUAGGUAUGGGUUAAAUCAAAACUCCAAACCCAGUAAGUACAGUACUAACAGCUUUUUUUGUCAGAGGUAAAACUUGGAAUCAUGUACUGUGGUAUUAAUUUGUGAUUAACAGGCAGUUCAACAUUUUUGUUUAAUCUGUAUCCUCACUAGGAGGACAAACUGUAAGCACCGAGACCUUUUCUUUUGUGGAAUGUUGCACCAAGAUUUUCCCUGUUUAAAUACAAUAUUAGCCAUUAGCUUCUGUUUUGAGUUUGCGACCAGUUUGUUGGUCAGUCGAUUAACUCAAAUGUACCUUUGACAUCUUAACAUCUUCAAAUCCUUCUUCGCAACAUCCAAACACCCUGCACAUGAACAUGUCAGGGAUGCUCUCAAGUUAUAAUACAUAUUAUUUCAACAGAGAUCCAUUACAGUAUUAUUAGGGUAACAAAGGUAGUGGUCAGAGGGCUACAUAAAUACAUUCCAACUUGGGUAAAGACAUUGUCAAAUGGAAAAAAAACUUAAUUGUGUGAUGUAGUGUAAUGAUUUUCAGUAACAUUUUAAAAUGAAUAGUGUACAAUCACUGUAAUACUAAUAAAACCUUAAAAACAGCACAAGUCUUAUCAUAAAACAUCUUUAUUAGAACGCACAGAAAGUGAUUAACACAGCUUCAGUUUUUUGGAAUAUUUAGAAAAAUGGUACUGAACCUGAAAGUACAAUAUAUCAUUAGAAAACUCAUGUAAUCUCUUCUUCAUACAGUACAUUGCACCCUUAAACAUAUUAGAACACCAAGAUCCAAACUUAGUUUUGCUUUUCAGUCAAUUUGUAUUUGUGAUCAUAAAAUGAGUGAUACAGUAUAAUACAGUAUGUGCUUCACAGAGAAGGAAGGAUUCUUUGGAGCUUUUGCAGUUACCUUCUCCAUUCUUUAAACCUUUACCAAAGAUCUUGACCUGGGAAUGCAUGGUCAUCUCUGGAAAUGGGUUACUUAUCUUAAUUAAUGAUCUACUGUAACUAGUGGUGGCAGUAGCAAAAUGAGUUGUGAAGUUUACAGAAACAUUUUGUCUGCCUACUGUAAGUAGAAGAAAACGCUGCCAUAUUUAUUUUGGGGUGCUUGACUCUGCAGCGUGACAAUGACCCAAAAGAUACAGAAAUAAAAGAGAUCAGCAAGAGGAAAUAAAAAGUGGAAACUUUUUGUUUGACUGUAAAGGAAAAAUAUUUUUUGGAUUUGUUGUCCUAAUACUUACAGGUUGUUGUAAAUAAAGCAACAACCUUCAUUUAAUAAAUUAAGUAAAACUUGCAACCUUGAUACUAAUUUUGUAAUUCAAAAUAGAUAAAAACUACAAAAUAUAAAAAGCUUUAAAAAGAUUUCAAAAUACUCGAAUAACUCCAUUUGUAGCACCAGCUGGCAUACCUGAUUUAAACAUCAUGUGCAGCAAUGCCUGUUAAAGCAGUCCUGUAACACUGCAGUCUACACUGCUAAUGUUUGUAGUCCUACUGCUUUGAUCUGUAGAAAUAUUAACCCAAGGGUCACAGAAUGUAUAAUAUAUAUUAUUAUACAUUAGCUAGGGCAGAAAUUAAUGCAGAACCACUUGAGCCCCAUUUACAAAGACCUUUAGAAAAAUCAUAAAACAUUGGUAUUUUGUUGAAAGUGAACCUAAACGACAUUAGAGCUGCAGAACAGCAGUGUUUAGCACUAAGCAAAUCAUUAAAUAUUCCUAUUUGGCACCAGUUUCUGAAAUGUACCAUAAAUGUUUAAUAAAACUUACAGCUACUGUGACUUCUUUA